UCCCCCUCCCCCGCGCCCGCCCUAGUGGUAGAGGCCGCGAUCGCUCCUGUCCGUCAGCGCUGCCGCCGCCUCAGUCGGAGCUCGAACCUCAGCCUCGCCCGGCGCUCCCUCCGGCAGUGUAUGCCUGAGCUAUAACCCUCAGCCCGCCAUGUCCACUCCGGCCCGUAGGCGCCUCAUGCGGGACUUCAAGAGGCUGCAGGAGGAUCCCCCGGCCGGGGUGAGCGGGGCCCCCUCUGAGAACAACAUCAUGGUCUGGAACGCCGUCAUCUUCGGGCCCGAGGGGACCCCUUUCGAGGACGGAACUUUCAAACUUACAAUAGAAUUCACAGAAGAAUACCCGAAUAAGCCACCUACUGUCAGAUUUGUCUCUAAAAUGUUUCAUCCAAAUGUCUAUGCAGACGGUAGUAUAUGUCUGGAUAUCCUUCAGAAUCGCUGGAGCCCCACUUAUGAUGUCUCCUCCAUCUUAACAUCCAUACAGUCCCUAUUGGAUGAGCCAAAUCCGAACAGUCCAGCAAACAGCCAGGCAGCUCAGCUAUACCAAGAGAAUAAGCGGGAAUAUGAAAAACGGGUUUCUGCAAUAGUAGAACAGAGCUGGCGUGACUGUUGACCCAGGAUGAUGCAAAUGAACACUCUGUUGAUGAGGAAAAUAAACAAAGUGUCCGAGUCA